UCCAUUUCUGAUCAUUCAACACACCAAGGACUCAAUAUCAACUUCAGUAAGCAUCUCAAUUUCUACAAAGAAAAAUGAACCCCCUUUUGCUACUACUCUCACUUUCAAUUAUCCCAUUUAUCUUAGCAGCUUCAUCACCAUCUCCAGUUCUUGACAUCAAUGGCGACAAAGUCCGAGCAGGUCCUAACUACUUCAUUUUACCAGUGAUCCGAGGAAGAGGAGGCGGGCUUGCCCCAACCAACGUUAAACAAAACAAUAUUUGUCCUAGGGACAUCAUCAUGCAAUGGAACUAUAAUGACCCAGGACUGCCUGUGGUUUUUACACGUCUGGACGCCAAAAAAGGUGUUGUUCGUUUAUCAACUGAUCUUAAUGUCAGGUUUUAUACUCCAACUAGUUGUAAUAGAGAAACUAUUUGGAAACUUGGGCCUUAUGAUGACAAGUUGAAGCAGUACUUUGUGGUGACUGGUGGAGUUGAAGGUAAUCCGGGUAAGCAAACUUUGAGCAGUUGGUUCAAGAUUGAGAAAUUAGAGAAACAUUACAAGUUCGUGUUCUGCCCAAGUGUAUGCAAAAUUUGUAAAGUUAUUUGCAAAGAUGUUGGCAUAUUCAGGACUAAGGAUGGAGUCAGGUUUUUGGCUCUGAGUGACACUCCACACAGGGUCAUGUUCAAGAAGACUUUCUGAUCCUACAAUUUUCUCCAGUUUAUGGUCAAUUGGGAGCUUUUCAAUUUCCAAUAGUAUUCUGCUUCCUCUGAUGUAAUCUUGCUUGUGUUCAGUUCGUUAAUUUGAAGUAUUUUGAACAUGUAAUCUUCUUCUCUACUGGAUUGUUGUUUAUUCC